CAGGGGCGAGUGAAACGGAGCGGCCGCGCGGAGGUGGUGGUGCUGCCCCGUCACGUGCUGCUGUCUUGUGCGUCCGCCGCGGUCUCCGCUCGUGCGUCUGUCUAUUAUCACACGGUGCGGCCAGCAUGGGGCGGUUCCGGCGUGAGGUGCACGAGGAGGAGGUAGAGAUGACGGCCGCCAGCCGCUGCUGGUUCUCGCUGCUGACGCUGCUGGCCGAGGUGCUGCUGUUCGGCAGCGUGGCGCUGGUCGUCGCCUGGUGCCUCAAGUACCGCGGCGGCUUCGCCUGGACCGAGGACCCCAAGCUGCAGUUCAACCUGCAUCCGGUGCUCAUGGUCACCGGGCUGAUCUUCUUCGCCGGGCACGCUAUGCUGGCGUACAGGCAAUGGCGGUGCUGCAACCACUCGACCAUCAAGCUGGUGCACACGCUGUACCACAUCAUGGCCAUCCCCUGUAUCGCGGUCGGCAUGAUCGCCGUCUUCGACUUCCACAACAACAACAAGCCGACUCCGAUCCCGAACCUGUACUCGCUGCACUCCUGGAUGGGACUGGUCACCGUCGGUCUGUAUGGCCUUCAGGUACUCCCGUCG